AUCAUACCUGUAAACUGGAGUGGAUUCUGUAAUUAUUACUUUCAGAAUAUAUAUAUUAUUUUACAUUUCAUUCAGUUUUGUGGAAACGAAGGUAAUUUAAUUGGAUUAUAGACAAGUAUAGUUGAUAAAAACAAAUUUCCACAACAAUCCCAAUGAUGUUGGUUGGAAAGAUAAUAUAUGAAAACUCUGAUAAAUUUGUUGGACAAAAUCUAAAAUGAAGGGGAUCAUAGUAUUGAAUUUAUCUCACUUCUACUCACUGGUCCUAUUACUUUAACAUUAUGGGUAGAUAAAAAUUUGGAGGCGGGUAGAGAUGAAUCUGAUUGGCUUAAUACGACAUGACCUUCAAAUCUCCUCUCAUUCAUUGGGAUUGAUUUCUAAACAUAACAUAGAAAUAUUUCUCAUUAAUGUUGCUGAGUAGAUUUUUGUUCGAAGAUUUAUUUCAGCUUAGAAACAUUGUGAACGAAAAUAUAAAACUCUUUACUGACCUCGAGAUUUAGUGAAGAAUACAGAUUAAGUUGUAACGAAAUUAAAGAUAAAAAUCAUAAUAGUCAUUUUAUUCUCUCAUUUCGUUUAUGAAAUAUUGGAGUUUAUUUUAUAGUGAAUGUGAUAUGCAUAAAUUAUAGAAGCGCCCAUAUUGUCAAUAAUGUUUCCUUUUGUUAAAUAUAUAAUUUUUACACUUUUUAUCGUUAUCAACUACAAUUUAACAUAUGGUCGGAGAGGAUAUUUUAAUCAAUUUAAACGAUUUGAUACUGGUCUUCUAUCAGAAGGCUUACCAAUGUGGCUAGAAAAACGUGAGGAAUUUGAAGCUCCAUAUAGCUAUGAUAGUAUUUCAAGGGCACUGAAAGAUCGCAGUAAUUUGGAACUCGAUGAACUAAAUCGAAUUAUCAGUUACAGCAACAUUAACCAUCCUUUCUUAGAAUAUUUUGAUAGUGAAUUAAAUCCAAGUGUUUAUUCUGAUGAUAUAAUAAAUCGUGAUAUGAGAGCUAAACCUGCUUUUGAAGCGAUAAGUAGUCUACAAAAUAAUGGAUUACGAUCUUAUACGAAUUGGCAACCUGCAAUCAUUGGUUCAGUUUGUGCAGCAUUGGGUGUAUUGGUGAUAGCAGCAAUAGGUACAGCUUAUCAGAAACGUAAACUAUGGAAGCAAACUCGCUUGAGUCAAGAUGAAGAAUUUACAUUAGAGAAUUCAAAUUUACCAGACAAAAUGCUGUCACUUAAUUCGGAGGAUGAUCGUAAACUUGCACAAUCAGCACAAAUGUAUCACUAUCAACAUCAAAAGCAACAAAUGUUAGCGUUAGAAAAAGUUAAUGAUCAUACUAGAAUAAGUGAUGAGGAUGACAGUGAAGAUGAUGUGGAUGAGGGAGAUUUCACAGUUUAUGAAUGUCCAGGGCUCGCUAAUGAUUCCAAGUUAGCGCUUACUUCGUGAUGCAUAAACUCACACCAAUAUUUCACACAUAUUGAAAAGAUAGAUCAUAAUCAACUAGUCAAAUGAGUGUUCAGUGGAUAAACAACAGUCACUAAUCUGUUUCCAUUUUAUGUGACCAUUAUUGAUCGCGUUGUGUCACCAAAAUAACAGUUGAUUGAUAGUAAUUUGAUAUGCCCAUCACGAAAUUAUCACUAAUGAGAACAGACAAAAUCAAGAAAUCAGUGUCUUUUAACUUCAAUCAAUUACAUCUCAUCAGUUUCUCAUUUGUGAACAAAGUCACGUUCGACACCUCCAUUAUUCAGAAGGGUUUAAUUGUUCUUUUAUGAAUUAUGACGGUCAGCAAUAUUUAGUUUUUCUAACGUUCAUUACUAUUUUGGUGUCAGUUGCUUCAAAUGUACAUACACACGUAUAAUAGUUUCCAAUAUAUUAUACGGCUAACAAAUUAGCUCUUCUGCUUGUGUCUGUUAUCCUAUUUAAUUGUGUUUCUCAUACUAGAUAGUUAAGACAAUGCGAAAAGCUGUUGACAUGACUGAUAUGAAGAACAAAGUGGAUUCUAAUUCCAUCAAGUCAUCGACAUUAAUCCAAACCACAUUCGUUACAUAGCCCCAUGCUAUACUUCUUUGAUGUUUUCCGAAAGAAGUGAAAGUAGUCAUUUUCACUGAAUUGGUUCUUCCUUAUCAGAACUGUUCAUCUCCUCAACUUCAAGUCAUAAUUUUUAACGAGUGAUUUCAUGUUUUCCCAUUGACUUUCGAGUCAUUCAACUUCGAUAGUCAAACACCUAUCAUUUAGUAUCAUUCGAGUAAGCACGUUUUGAUUACACAUACUAGGUGAGACGAAAUAUAUACAUUAACCAAAAUUUAGUGUAUUGAGAAGCAAUAUUCGAGUAAAUAGUAGCAGAUCGUUGCAGAGUGAUCAGUUUAGGCUGAAAAAUAAUAUGGAUCUUGGUGGAACUCAGACGACAUUUCUCUCAACUAUCAAUUAGGUUUCAAUUUCAUUGACACGUAUCCUGUCACGAACAACAAUUGUUCGCCCCGAUUGGCAUAUUCACAUCAGACUAUCAAGUUGUACUUCUGACCUUGACAUCACAUUGUAUUGAUUAUUCGGUAUGAAGACACCUUGUUUAAUCAUAAGACACUAAUUAGUAGGACUAACACGAAAAUACACAUAUAUUCGGGUGAUUUUCAUUUCGUUUUUUUCUCAUGAAACAAUACUGAAACCUUUAAAAGUCAGAUAAUUCAUUCAGUGUACCAAAGAAAAUGAAUGAUCAUAUGCAACGCUCAGAUGUGAAUUUACUUAACAUUAGGUUACUUGUUGAUGGCUAAUCAAACAUAGAUUAUCGAUUUUCGAGUUGAAAUUAAUCCGAUCAAUAAUAUGUGGACAUGUUUUAUUGGAGAGUUAUGUGACAUGAACUGUUGUAUAUUCAUUUUAUGAAACCACUGAAGAGGUUCCGGACACGUGGGAAUUCACAAAUUCCUGUAUCCCUGUCUCGUUUAUUGGAAUUACAUGUCAUUGUUUGUGAAUUGUGAUUUAGAUCAUUUUCCUUGAAUGAUUCCGAUUUUCAUUCUUCAACACAAUCUGAAUGAUAAUUUUCAGCAAUAAAUACAGAUUUAGAUGAUACGUGGUCUAUGUGCAUACACAUUUAUUGUUUACAAUGAUUGGGUAAACACUAUUUAUCAUGAUCCAACUUACUGAUUCUGACUUCGGUGGUAGAUCUUGUAGUCUUUUGCUGUACAAAAGUAACUUGUUUCCCUGUUUAAUACCAAUGUUCCUUGAAUGAGUCAAGUAUGUUAUUGGUUGAGAAAGUGUUUUCAAAAUGAUAUUUUACAUCAUUUUUUAAAAGGCUAAUUAUCUUAGACUUAUGUACGGGAGUUGUGAAGAUGGAUGUAAGAUUUAACGAAACCAUGUGUCUGGUUCGUGUUUAUAUCGUGAUCAUCGCCAAAUCACAGAACAGUUGGAGAGGAAAUUCUCAAAGUUCAUUACAAUGAAAUGUUUGAUUGUAGGCUUUUCAUUAUGAAUUUCAUAAACAGUGAAACGCGUACAUAUUCCACACGUCGAUAGUACAGCAUUUGAUACAGUGCAAAUUUGACUGAUUACUUGAGUGAACUACUAACUGGUUGAAUAACGUUUUUGUUACUUUAUUGCAGUCCAUCUAAAAUAAACAACUGUUCUUUCUUGUUCACAUUAUACAUCUUACGAACACUAAACGCUAUUUGUUACUGAAUAAUUGAAAUCAGUAUUUCGUUGGCUGAUUAUCAAUCAAAUUCAUUGUGAAAAUUCAAGGUGCGUCUUCAUCUUCGCUCUCAUACUCUGAAAUAUUCACAGAUUCCAGAUUGUAUAGACUCGAUUAGAAUUCACAACAGACGUAUUUUUUCAAAUAAUUUUCGUUAUUAUUCACACGUUUCAUAAUUCCGUUUGAUUUAAACAAUCAUAGUUACUGACCAUAAAAAAGGUUGUUUACAUAUGACCCUGAACGUUUUGGGUACUCACACUCCGUUUUUUGGUAUACUGAUUGUUGUUCUCAAUAUCACUACCACUAUUGUUUUCUUUUUUGCUCUGUUGCCAUAUUGACAGAUCAUUAAUGUAACUGUUAUAUGCGCUCACAGAUCAUAUUUUUCUCAUUACUGAAUUAUAUAUAGUAUGUUUGGAUUAUACGCUAUACUUAGGAAUUAUUAAUUAUACGUUAUAAUUGUAGACUUAAUGACCCAUCCAACACUCCAUACCCAGCAAUUAACAAGGAACGUAAAAAUUUUUCUUGUGUAGUUCUAGAUUGUGUAUCAUUAUCUAAUUUUAUACAAUAUUAUUUAAUACGUUUGUUACUAUAUAUGAUAAUUGUAUUUUUAGUCUGCCACAGCUUUAAGGCAAGAGCGAUAUUUUUUUACUUCAUAGUAUUAUCGAGUCUGUCCUAGUUGUAACUGAUCAACUGUUAAAAACAGUAUUUGACAAUAACAAACGCCAUGCCACUCGUUUACCGCAUUAAGAAGUCAGCUGAACUAGACAACCUGGUGUUCUACAACAGGACAUAGUAACGACACUAAUCCAAUAAGUGUUACACCGAUAAAAAAUAAAUCAAAUAGUUUCAUUUACCACAUAUUGUAAAACAUUUGAAGACACCUGGCUUGGUUGAGACAUUACUGUAUCUAUCUAAUCAAAACUUCCAACUCCAUUGAAUAAUCAUAACAGUUGAUUUUAAAAUUCUAUCACACUCUGUCAAAUUAUCAUUGAGAUAAUUUAAACUAAAUUGCUCCUUCUUAAUACUUACUUAUUUUAAUAGACUGGUGAAAUCGAAGUCGAAAAUCCUUUCUUCGAUAAUAAUAAUAAUGAUAAUAAUGAAAAGAAUAAUAACGAUAUUGAUAAUGAUAAUGGUGGAGAGAAAGCGUUGAAUACAAGUGGUAGCUCAGGUGAAUUGAUUGGUUGCAGUGAUUUAGAUGAGCACAUUAGUGACUGUGUCAAUAAUGGAUUUGCCGACGAGUUUAGUAAUCUAACAACAAAUACCACCACCAACGGAGAAGUAACAUUGAUCACUACAACUACAACCACUGUACCAACACCGAUACAAUCAGAGAAAUCACAUGCAGCUAGUAAAUAAGUUGUUGUGGAACGAGAAUUAAAUCAACUCCAAUAUUUAAUGCUAAUUAUUAUUUUCAUUGUGUUUUUGCAUGUCGUCUGUUAAUGUGAUUUGUGUAACAGAUUAGAUAAUCUUUUGAAAUUCUACAAUCAUUCAUAUCAUUUUCCAACAUAACAAAUAGUAUCAUUGGUCACUUGUAACGUCAUCCAGUAUACACUGAAGUCUUCGAAGAACAUUUGAAGUAUGGUAAAGUAUAUAAUUUCUUUGUAAUAGAUUUAUCCGGAGACGUUAUUUUUCCCUUCAGGAUACAAACUUUUCCCAUAUUUAUACAUCAUGAUUAGAGGUUUUUAUCAUUUCGUUUGCUGUCACAGAUAACAACGUGCUAAACAUGUCAAUACGUUUUCGUUUUUAUCAAAAUUCAUACAUUUUCAGACACUACAUAUUCAAAGUUUACUGAAAAAUUAUUCAUUCUAAAGUACUUGUCGAAAAGCCAGUUAUUUUUCUAAAUUUUGAAUACUGUACCAAGUAUAUCAUCCUCGCAUUGUGCUGUUUGUUUGUUUGUUUGGUUUAUCUUUGCUUACAUCACUUUUCAUCAAUGUUCUUGUGUGUAUAUGCGUGCAUCUCCGUGUAGAUUCUUGUUUGUAAUAGGUAGUAAUCUGUUGUUCGGUUUAAUUCGUCUUGUUACUUCAAACCACUUUUUGCUACCAUGAAAUUGUGUGUCUUCUGUAAUCAUUAGUUGAAUGUUAUUUCUCAAAUAGAAUAAAUGAUUCCACAGG